CCGAGUCGAAAAUUGCUUGCGGCUCUCGCAAAGAUGGACGACGAUGAAGAAGCUCCACCUCUCGCUGUCGAAAUCGACCAACCCUUUUCAAGUGGGCCCACCGACGUCGACGAUCCCGUCGGUGUCACCGUCAUCACCGGCUAUCUGGGUUCAGGCAAAUCCACUCUGGUUAAUCAUAUAUUGAACACCCAACAUGGGAAGAAAAUUGCUGUGAUAUUAAACGAGUUUGGUGAGGAAAUUGGGGUUGAGAGGGCAAUGAUUAAUGAAGGAGAUGGUGGUGCUCUUGUGGAAGAGUGGGUUGAGUUGGCAAAUGGGUGUAUAUGUUGUACUGUGAAGCACAGCUUGGUCCAAGCACUGGAGCAGCUUGUGGAGAGAAAAGAAAGACUUGAUCAUAUAUUGUUGGAGACUACUGGUUUGGCCAACCCUGCUCCGCUUGCUUCGGUUCUGUGGUUGGAUGAUCAGUUGGAAGCGGCUGUCAAGCUUGAUUCGAUUAUUACUGUUGUGGAUGCCAAGAACCUUCGUUUUCAACUCAGUGAGAAUAAAAGUUCAUCCUCAUUUCCUGAAGCAUAUCUACAGAUUGCAUUUGCGGAUGUUGUAAUUCUUAACAAGGUUGAUUUGGUUUCCCCAGAGGGUUCUAAUGAAUAUCUGGAGGAACUUGAGAAUGAGAUACAUAGUAUUAAUUCACUUGCUUGUAUCAUCCGUUCUGUUCGGAGUCAAGUCGACUUGUCUAAGAUAUUGGAUUGUCGGGCCUAUGAUGCUAUGCAUGCUGCUCAUUUAGAAUCAUUAUUGGAAGAAAAUCGUGCUUUAUCUACCCGGGAUCUCCACGAUAGUGGUGUGCGAACCUUGUGCAUUCGUGAGCAACAGAAGGUCGAUCUUGAAAAGGUCCGUCUAUUGCUCGAGGAGAUUCUUUGGGAGAAGAAAUAUGGAAUGGAUGUGUAUCGCUGCAAAGGGGUUUUGAGCGUCCACAAUUCAAACCAAUUACAUACUUUGCAGGCAGUGAGGGAAAUAUAUGAGAUCGUGCCAACUCGUGAUUGGAAACAGGAAGAUAAUCAGAUGAACAAGAUAGUUUUUAUAGGGCAUAAUUUAAACGAAAAUGUUCUCACCGAGUUGUUUAGAUCAUGUGUAGUUUGUUGAUGUUCGAUUCUUUCUGUAUGGGUACUUUCUGCUAGAGUUUAUUAUCAAAACAUCAAUGGUGACUUAAUUGAAUUAACGCUGUGUUGAUUCCGAAUA